AGACGAACAACAAACCUCAGAAGAGCGCUAGCCUCAAUAUUUGAAGUGGUUGGUAACAGGAUCAGACGUGAAAUUUGUAUUUAGAAAAACGUAUAAUUUCACAGCAGCUAUGGAUAUAGCACUGUAUCUGAUAGCUGCUGCUAUCCUUGUUGUCCUGAUAUUGUUUGCGUUGAAGCUACGGAGGGUUACACAAGAAGCUGAUGCAGAACAGCAGCAAGAUGUUUUCCGGGCAGCAGGUCCCCCUCAGCGGGCAGUAGAGGAGCGAGGGGCUGGUAUGCCUCGCAGGAGAAGGAAUCUUGCUGCAGUGAUUGCUAACAGACAGCCACAGAGAGCACCUGUUGAAUAUGAUGAGGAACAUGUGGAGGAGGAGGAGGAGGAGGAGGAUGUGCAGCUGCAGAACUUCCAGCCAACAGUAAAAGUUGGGGCCAAGAAGCAGAAGAAGCUGGAGGAGAAACAGGCCAAGAAAGCCCAGCGAGAGGCGGAGAUGGAGGAAAGGGAGGAGAGGAAAAGGAUGCAGGAGCUCAGAGAGCAGGACAGACGGCAGGAGGAUGAGAGAGAACGACUGCUAGAACAGAAACAGGAGGAGGAGGAGCGGCGGGCUAAAGAAGAGCAGGAGAGACGGGAGGAAGAGGAGUACUUGAGGCUCAAAGCAUCCUUCACUAUAGAAGACCAGGGAGAGGAGGAGCAGCUCACUGAAGACCAGUCCCGCAACCUUCUUCAAGAAUUCAUCCAAUAUAUUGAGAGCUCUAAAGUGGUUCUACUGGAGGACUUGGCUUCUCAUUUUGGAAUGAGGACACAGGAUGCUAUUGCCAGACUGCAGGACCUCUUAGCAGAUGGCUCCCUCACAGGAGUGAUUGAUGACAGAGGAAAAUUUAUCUCCAUCACUCCAGAAGAACUGAACUCGGUAGCUCAAUUCAUCAGACAGAGAGGCAGAGUCUCCAUCACAGAGCUGGCCCAGGCCAGUAGCUCUCUGAUCAAUUUGACACCUGACAGCCGCAACACCGCCUGAUGGACAGCUGGACAAGAGUCUGUAUGGACACUGCUGAAGAAGAAUGACUCAAACAUUAACUAUAAUCUGGGUGAAGCCUUCUGGUGAAAUGCAACUACUAUUCUUUGGCAUUUGUCUUUGGCUCCAUGUCAUCAUCAAUAUGAACUUCAUAGUGAUGUCAUGUCUCAGUACUCUUUAUUAUAUAAACAGCUGUCAACACAAAAGACUGACUCAGAAUUUUGAAGAAAAAUGUAAGAAGUUGCAAAAAUACAGUUUGAAAUAAAAAAAAAAUAAAAAAAUACAAUUCAGUUUGGUCUUGUUAACUGUGACAUGACUAAAGAGUAGGUCAUUGUGUUAUAUCUGAAAGGACAGCAGCUGAGAGAGGUUA